AUGCCCCAAUUAAAAACAGAUAAUAAUUCUCUUUUGAAGAAUUCACCAUUGAAUUUUGACAUCUUACCAAAAAUAUUUGAACAUUUUUUCGUUUGUUCACAAACCGAAGAUAUUAAAAUUGCUCACACUUUAUUCAGUUGUGCUUUAGUAAACAAACAAUGGUGUAAACUAGCGUUACCACUUCUUUGGAGGGAUCCGUUUCGAUUUACCCUCACCGCAAGGAAGGGCUCUAAAGAUAAUGCGGGAGAAAUGGUGUCUACGUUAUUGAGUUGUUUAACCAAAAAAGAAUGUCAACAAUUUUCUUCGAUUAUAAAGAAACUCAUUCCUAAAUUAUCCUACAUUCCUCCCAUAUGUAGAAGACAUCCCUUCUUUAAUUAUCCUAAUUUUAUUAAGAAUUUGCAUACAAAAGGAUUAAUCAACUCUGCGUUAAAUUGGUUCGAAAAUACUUUUAAUAUAAACAGCUUGAACAUCACCACCUCUUAUUCUACUGGUUCGCUCAAGAGUAUUACGUCAUUAAAUGGAUCAAAUAGUUCAUUAAAUUUAAAUAAUGAUCCUUCCAAUUCCGAUAACAACAACACGUGGGACAAAAAUGAAAAAAGGAUAUUUGUAGAACAAGUUAUUCAAUGCUUGUUACAAAUGCUCGUCGAGAGAGAUAACCAUUUCAAAACUGUUUAUGUUGAGAAGGUAGAAGGGAACGACAAGUUUUCUUUUACUAGAUGUUUUUUUAAAGAACAGUUCGUCAAGACUUUUAAUCAAAUUCAAAAAUUGGACAUACAUGAAAUGGAAAUUACCGGAUAUCCUGACAUGUUAAAUGUUUGGAAAGAUUUUUCCAACUUAACUUCGCUUUCGAUAACGAUGCAAUGUCCAACAGAUAAUUAUUCAAAUCUAUCACAAAUCUUACAAUCUACAAAUACGACGAAACAUUUACGUAAAUUGAAGCUUCAUUCCGGAGAAACAAAAUACAUAUUACCACUUUUAUCGUCAAAGUAUUCUUCAUCAAUUCAACAUCUCAUAUUCGAAAAGAUUCAAUUGGAUACAACUGACGAUUGGCAUCUCUUGUCCAAUUUUACUAAAUUAAGUAAAAUGAAAUUCAUUCAUUGUUGGAUUAAUCAAAUAGAUAAUAAGCAGCAAAUAUUUUCUAUUAUAACCCAAACUCCAAUGCAGUUUAAUAAUCUCAAAUUAUUUGUUUGGGUUGACAAUGAGGGUAGUGGGUUAAGCAUCGAGGAUGAUGCUAAAAGUGAACUUGUACUUUGGGGUAUACAACAACAUGCUAUCGUUGCUUUGGAAAAUCUUUGUUUGGAAAACGCUAGAAUUUAUCAUGAAUCUAUUAUUAACGGAUUAUUGGUUAACCCGGUUAAACAUCAUCGAUAUGCCUCUUAUACAAGAGAGAUUAAAAGAUCCUUAAAAAUAAAAUCAUAG